CGGGGGAUUCACCUAACGAUGGUUACUCCAUUGCUAACAGCACAGCCGUUCAACAAAUCCUGCAGCAGGGCGCGCAGGCGAUGGCUGUAGUUUCAUGAGGGCUGCUGAUUCUUGUUUGCUAUUUUUCCUUUUGUGUAUCGGUUCCUUUGCUCCAGAGACAAUGUUUGUUUUUGUACCACGGCUCUCCGUGCAUACCAGGACCCUCAGAUUAGCCUAUAUCUGUUUUCUUUUUUUUGUCACUCUGCUCUCGGAUUUUGGUUCUCAUUUGAAAUUUUCUGGUUACACAAUUUACAUUGCCGGCUGAUAUUCUUUCUUGUUCAAAUGGCUAAGUCGCUCCUGCUGACUGAUACACCGAAAAAGAUUCAAUGGCGGCCACCACCCACAAGGUAGCGUCCCAAGGGCCAACUCAAAAGGAAAUGCCUCAUCUCGAGC